AUGGGUUUUUAUAAUAUAUACUUACCUAGAUCUUAUGGAUCUAAGCUUUUUAAUCAUCAUCAAUCAAGCCUAAAAUAUUGCAAAUAUAUCAAUAAGUUCACUCAAUCGUUAUAUCCUUAUAGACCAAUUUACCCAUUAUUUCUAUUUCAUUCUUUUUCAAAAACAAAUCAACUAUCACAUUCAAAGAUAUUUUCUGACUCAAAUUAUUCAUCAGAUUCAGAUAAAAGAUCCUCAAACUUGUAUAUUAUUAAAGAAAUAAGCAAAUACUUAUGGCCUAAAGAUGAUUUUAAUACAAAAGCUAGAGUAUGUUUAUCAUUAUCUCUGCUCGUUGGAUCUAAGGUUCUAAAUGUUCAAAUUCCUUUUUUUUUUAAAAAAAUUAUUGAUUCUAUAAAUAUAAAUAUAUCAACAGUUGAUGAAAGCACAUUAGCAAUUACAGGAUCUAUUAUUAUUGGAUAUGGUCUUGCUAGAAUUAGUGCAACUGCCUUUCAAGAAAUAAGAAAUACUAUAUUUGCUACUGUUUCUCAAAAAGCUAUAAGGAGGGUAGCAUAUAAUAUUUUUCAACAUCUUUUACGACUUGAUUUAAACUUUCAUCUAACAAGAAAGACUGGAGGAUUAACAAGAGCUAUUGACCAUGGAACAAAAAGUAUAAGUUUUUUAUUAACAUCUAUGGUAUUUCAUAUUCUUCCUAUAUCUCUUGAAAUAGCUAUGGUGUGUGGUAUUCUGACCUAUCAAUAUGGAUCAUGCUUUGGAUUUGUAACACUAGCAACUAUGGUAUUUUAUACUAUUACUACAAUAAAAACAACAACUUGGAGAACGAAAUUUAGAAAAGAUGCUAAUAAAGCUGAUAAUAAAGCAGCAACACUUGCAAUGGAAUCCCUUAUCAAUUAUGAAACUAUUAAGUAUUUUAAUAAUGAACAAUAUCAAAUUAAUCUUUAUGAUAAAUGCUUAAAACACUAUGAAUCAUCUUCAAUAAAAGUAGCAUCGUCUCUAGCAUUCUUAAAUACUGGACAAAAUAUUAUAUUUUCAACAGCAUUAACAACAAUGAUGUACUUAGCUGUUAAGGGAAUAUACACUGGGCAACUUAGUAUUGGCGACUUGGUAAUGAUUAACCAAUUGGUUUUUCAAUUAUCUGUUCCUUUAAACUUUCUUGGAACUGUAUAUAGAGAACUAAAACAAUCAUUAAUAGAUAUGGAAACAAUGUUUAAUUUGCAAAAAAUAGAAGUUACUAUAAAAGAUCAUAAAAAUGCGAAAGAUCUGGAAUUUCAUAAAGGAGAAAUAAAAUUUGAAAACGUUACCUUUGGAUAUUUACCAGAGCGACCAAUUUUUGAAAAUUUAAACUUUACUAUUUAUCCAGGACAAAAAGUAGCAUUUGUUGGCCCAAGUGGCUGUGGAAAAUCUACUAUUUUGCGUCUACUUUUUAGAUUUUAUGAUAUACAGAGCGGAAGAAUUUUAAUUGAUGAACAAGAUAUUCGUCACGUUACUCUUAAUUCAUUGAGAAAAUGUAUUGGGGUUUUACCUCAAGAUACCCCUCUUUUUAAUGAUACAAUUUUAAACAAUAUUCUAUAUGGAAGAAUAGAUGCAACAAUGGACGAAGUUAUUGAAAUAACUAAAGCCACUCAAAUACAUAGUCUAAUUCAAAAACUUCCGGAUAAAUAUAAUACAAAAGUUGGUGAAAGAGGAUUAAUGAUUUCAGGAGGAGAAAGACAAAGACUAGCAGUAUCAAGGUUACUUCUUAAAAAUUCACCUAUAUUUUUUUUUGAUGAAGCAACAUCUUCUUUAGAUAACGAAAAUGAAAAAUCGCUUUUAAAUAAUAUCCAAAAUAUAUUAAAAAAAAACAACAAAACUAGUAUAUUUAUAGCUCACAAACUCCGUACUAUUAUGGAUAGCGAUAACAUUAUUGUUCUUAAAAAUAAAAAAAUUCUAGAAAGUGGAACACAUGAUGAACUUAUUAAAAAACAAGGUUUUUAUAAUAGAUUAUGGACAUCUCAAGAAACAAGUUGA